AUGGGAUCGCUCGACUCAUCGUCACUCAUAACGGGCCUCGCCCACGUCAACCUCACCGUCCCGGCCGGCACGCUCGAGCAAGCCAACGAAUUCUACGGGACGACCAUGGGCCUCACGCCGCGGGCGGUCCCGCAAUUGCAAAAGGGCACUUUGGCGUGGUUCGACAUUGGGUCCUCGGGCCAGCAAGUGCACGUCGCGUUUGGCGCGCCCUCGGAUUUCGAGAAGCGGUCGUCGCGGCAUCCGUGCUUUCGGCUGGCGUCCCCGGAGGCGCUUCUGCAGCUGAGGCAGAGGAUCUGGGAGCAUUUCGUGCGAGGCGGCGAGGCGGCGCCGACCGAGGCGGAUAAGCCUGGAGAUGUCAAUUCUGGUGAGCCUCCUCUUUAUGAUUUCUUUGCCUAUCUGUUGUCAAGUCGGGCGGGAGAAAAAACGAAAAAGGGAAUUACAUACCCAUGCAUUCAGGAAUAUGCUGUGAAACUAACUAAUGCGGCUGGUCUGUGUGAAAAAGGAUCCCAAGGCGUGGAGUAUCCCCAACGGUUUUUCGCCAGAGACUACGCCGGGAACAGGCUCGAGUUCAGCCUGUAG